AAACAAUUCCUUUAAUGGAAAAGUAGAAAAAUUUUGCCAAAUGUUUGAGUUUAUUUAAAUUAAAGACGAUUAGAUUAAUUAAGCGAUGUCUGCGAAGUUGAAGAAAGCCGUUGAAGAAUGCCGAGAUACAAAUAACACCGAACUAGAUCUGGUAGAUAGAGGAAUAAAUGGUCUUUUAGAUGCUCCUGGGCUGUAUACUUUAAAACAUCUUACCAGACUAACCGUUAGUCAUAACAAGAUCAAUAGUGUUCCACCAAACAUUAUAGAGUUAUAUAGUUUAGAGAUUCUGAAUUUAUUCAACAACCAUAUUGAGGAUGCUGGUCUUCCAACCAAUAUCAGCUCUAUGCCAAAACUUAAAUAUCUUAAUUUGGGAAUGAAUAAACUGAAUAGUUUACCAAGAGGGUUUGGUGCCUUCCCAGCAUUAGAAGUUUUAGAUCUAACCUAUAAUAAUCUCAGUGAACACAGUCUACCAGCUAAUUUCUUUUGUUUAGACACACUAAGAGCUUUGUAUUUGGGUGAUAAUGAUUUUGAAACAGUACCUCCAGAGAUUGGUCGUUUUAAAAAUUUACAAAUUUUGGUGUUCAGAGAAAAUGAUUUGAUAUCAUUACCUACAGAAAUUGGUGAUUUACAUCGACUAAGAGAUUUACAUAUACAGGGUAAUAGAUUAACUGUAUUACCUCCAGAGUUAGGUAAUUUGGAUCUAGUUGGUACAAAGCAAGUGUUUAAAGCUGACAACAAUCCAUGGGUUACACCUAUAGCUGAUCAGUUUCAAGUUGGUGUAUCACAUGUUUUUGAUUAUAUAAGAUCUGAUACCUAUAAAUUUUUGUACGGUAGGCAUAUAACAGCUGGUGGUGGACCACCUCCAAAGACAAGUGAUAAAUCAAAAAAACAGAGUCGUCAACCAUCUAAAUAGAUAACUUUAAAAGAACAUUUUAUACAUUUAUAGUCAGUAAUAUAUCAUAAAUAUAUUGGAAUAUAAUUACUACCUUCCUCUUGUCAAAUGUAUUUUUUAUGCAUAUUGUUGUAGGAUUCAAAACAUAAAUACACAGUCAAUAAUAUUUAUAGGUUUAAGUGGUAAUAUGCAUUUAAGAAAAGGUAUGCCACUAUGUUCUACCUAAUAAAUAGACUGUUUAUGUUUAUGCCUAGGUGUGCAUAAUAUUAUGUUUAAUAAACCAUUUUGUUUCAGAUAUAAGUUAAGAUUAAAACAUCUCAACCUGGUGUGUUCACUUAACUUGAAUAGUUGAAUUGUAAAACUUUGCAUUUAAAAUAAAUGUGGUUAAUUUACCAAGGCACACUGAAAUCAAUAUAAUAUUUUACAUCAUAAAUAAAAGAGCACAAUUACCCAUGCCAACAAGCCUCAAAUUUUGUUAAAAGCUAUUUCUUUAGCUGAAAUUUUAGUUAUAAUUUUUUGUUAUGUAUAUUUUUUUAGGAGCAUGUUGAUUAGUUAUGUUUUAUUGUGGGCUAGUACAUGUAGAGAUUUUUUUUUCAUGUUUUUAUUUAUUAUACAUUAUAUAUCUUACUGUCAGUUGUUAAUGUUAUAUCAUACAGCAUUGACUAUUAAAUCAUUUAUUUUUUAUUUCAUGAAAUGUAAAAUAUAGCAAAUAAAAUCUUUGUAUCAAUGUA